AAGAUGGCGGUCGAAGUGCCUGCGCGGGCGGACGCGGAGUGAAGAUGGCCCGCCGCGGCGGCAGGGGGUAGCGGGCGCCCGGCGAGGAGCGAGCAUGACGGGCCCGCACGAGCUGGCGUGGCGGCUGCUGCACGCGCUGCUCUGCCUGCACCGCGCGCUGUCCGCCCGGCUGCGCGCCCGCUUCGGCGCCUGGACGUGGGCCUGGAGGCGCUGCUGCCGCGCCGCCGCCGCCGUGGUCCUAGCGCCGCUCGGCUUCGUACGACGCGAGCCCCCGGCGCCCGGGAGGCCCCGGCGCCACCCCGUUAGGGCCCGCGCGGGCUCCGCCGGCCUGGCCCGGCUGCGCUGGCGCUCGGACGGCCGCGCCUUGCGGAAGCUGCCGGUGCACGUGGGGCUGAUGCUGACCGAGGACGAGCGCAGCCUGCCGGACGUGGCGAGCUUGGUGGUGUGGGCCAUGGCGGUAGGCAUCUCGUACAUCAGCGUGUACGACCACCAAGGUAUUUUCAAAAGAAAUAAUUCCAGACUGAUGGAUGAAAUUUUAAAACAACAGCAGGAACUUCUGGGCCCAGAUUGUUCCAAAUACUCAUCAGAGUUUGCAAAUAGUAAUGACAAAGAUGAUCAAGUUUUCAAUUGCCACUUGGCAGUGAAGGUGCUGUCCCCAGAGGAUGGGAAAGCGGACAUCGUGCGAGCCGCUCAGGACUUCUGCCGGCUGGUGGCCCGGCAGCAGCAGAGGCCCGAGGACCUGGACGUGGACAUGUUGGACAGUUUGAUGAGUUCCAAUCAUUUCCCCGAUCCUGAUUUAAUAUUGAAGUUUGGUCCUGUGGACAGCACAUUAGGCUUUCUUCCCUGGCAGAUCAGACUGACUGAGAUUGUCUCUUUGCCUUCCCACCUAAACAUCAGUUAUGAGGACUUUUUCUCUGCCCUCCGCCAGUAUGCAGCCUGCGAGCAGCGCGUGGGGAAGUAGUGAGCCCUGGUCGCUGCUUCGGGCUUGGGGAGAAGAGACCUGGGCACUCUGAUGUUUACAGACACCUGCGAAACCCUGUCUGCACCGCAUUCCUAUUCCUCAUAAUUUAAUCAGCAAACACAACAAAGUGUCUUACUUGAGAUGAGUGAGUGUGUGUAUGCGUGUGUGUGGGGGUGUGUGUGUGUGUGGAAGGAAGUCAACUUAUCAGUCGGGGAGUAUUGGAGAACAAGUACAUAAACCUACAACUUGGAGCGAAGAGCAGCCGUCUUCUAGGAGCUGAGAUUUCAGAUUUGAAGUCUUCAGGCCCUGCUGCUUCCCUGUUUCUGUGGGGAGUGGAGGGAUGGAUCAGAGCUGUUUUGGUUGUUGUUUGGGGAGAACUGAAUGGUUUUGUUCAGUCUUUCCUAGUGACCAAACUCUAAUUUUUAAGAAUAGUGUAAGAACUUAAUAAAUGGAAGUCUUCUCAUUUGAGGGAGUUCCCGAGGAGUGGGGUUGGGAACACCCAGGUUCACACAUCCGUCCAUGAUCAUUUCGGACUUCACUAUAGUCAAACAGUGCAACUCGAGAAUGUCUCUCUGGGGUCUUGGUGUUGUGAAGAACAUUUGAAAAAGAGCUCUUACUAUAAUGAAAUGCAGAGUUGUAAAAAUUUAAAGAUUGAAUUAGGCAGUCAAAACCCAAAAUGAGUAAGUUGUAAUAUUAAAAGUAAAGGUGAAAGUUUUCCUUAAGGAAGGUUUUAAUUUCUUUUGUUGUUUAGUGAGUUGUAUGUUAUAUAGCACCCAAAGCCAGUAGAAUAUUUCCAUUAAUUGUUCUGAGCAUUUAAAAGAAGUCAGAACAGUACUUUCUCUCAAAAUCAACUUGUUUCUCUUUGGAGUAACACCCGGGGUUUAUUCAUCAAACCCUGUUGAGAUUUUGCAUAAAAGAGUAAGGAAGAUUGAGGCUUGUGUGGGAAGUACAAUAUUACCACAAUCUACAAAAAUAAACUCACCUUCCACAGUCUCCUUUGUAACAGAGAACAGCUCUGGUUCUGUUACUUUACAGAUGAAUCAGCCACUUCUUGGUAGGUGUUUAGUAUGUUUUCCCUCACUGCUGACCCUGGGACAGACACAUUCCUCGUACUGGACAGACUGUGUUCAGAUCACUGUCCAGUCCUCAAGCCUCUCGUCAUCCAGAACUGUGCACUGAGAGUGGAGUAGCCUGCAAACGGAGAAGUCUGAAGAGUAGCAGACCAGACUGGGUUUGGGAAGUGUGCUUGGAACUGCUUGUCAGAUUCUAAAGUGGUGAAGAAUAAAUGUUUCGACUUUGGAUUUUAAAACCCCAUUUAUGAUUUUAAAACUACACUUGAAAUAAAAAUGAUUAAACUAAAUUUUGGUCCAGUGACAUUACUUUGCACUUCAUAGUUCUUUGUAUUUUUUUAAGUCCUAAUUUAUUUCCAAGUUUUGUGUGAAGCUACAGCAUAUCUAAACUAUUAGAAAUUUUCUAUUUCUGUUAUGUGCUGUGAUUCACGUCCUAUUGAGUAUUAUUUUACCUAAGCCUUUUGUAUGAUAGAUGAUAUAAAUGUCAUUUAUAAAUAUUUUGCAGUCUGUACAGCUUUAAUAAAUUUAAUGGGCCCAAUUGAAGAAGGGAGUUAAUGUUUGUUAAAAUGGAAUUAGUUAAAUAAAUUACCUAUUGGGUUGUAGCCCAAAUCUCCACAAGAUUUGAGUAUUUGAAUUUUCUACUCUUCUCUUCGUUCACAGUAUUGUAUGUUUGUCAGAAUAAAGCUGUAGUCCAUUUCUCAAUCUGCUGUAUUCUGAGCAGAGACUCGGGACAUGUUCAGGUAGACCCUUCCUGGAACUUUCUCACGUGGUGCACCUGCUAGUGCAGUCUACAAUUUGAACAGCGUUGCUUGUUCCAAAAUUCUUGUCAAAAUCCUCACAACCUCUCUGUCGUAGGAGCUUACAAUUGAUCAUUGUAAAGAAAAUCGUGUGUCUGUAUGUGCAUCGAAGGCAUUGUCUUUAAAUUGCUUCUUCUUAACAUUCCCCACAAUGGGAAAAUAACCAAAUGGAGCCCUCUACAUGGCUGGAGCAGAGCAAGAAGGGAGGAUUUGAAUUCCAUCCCUAAUUCAAGUUGUGGUUUGCUUCUUAAAGCUGUAAAGUCCAAGUGCUGUGAAGUCGAAAGGCUGGUUCUUUUGGUACCAGGGAUCGAACUCGGGUCCUUGCGCUUGCGCAGCAAGCGGCGAAACCACUGAGCUAAAUCCCCGGCUGAAAGGCUGGUUUUAAUGUGAAUAGUGAAGUAUGGUCUAUUGUGACAAAGGCUGAAGAAUGCCUGUCUCUGAGCAGAUGUUUAAUAUUAAUGAACAGUGCCAAAUACACUGUGCAUAUCAAUAAUUUAGUCUUUGAAUAUAUAUUAAUCAGCUCCAGGUCCCUCCUGUGUGACGGAACCAUGCAUAGAAUCAGUUCGAUCCUUGUGAUGUUUUGUAUGACUGUAGACUUUGGCAACAUGUAAAUAAUUGUACAGCAAAUUUUUAUGAUUAUGGAAUCAAAUUUAUUAAAUUUUAUUAUUGAAAGUUGAAACUCAAAAUGUAUGAACAAAAACCAAUAAAAGAGUGUACUCUUUUCGUGGUCUGUA